AUGGCGGCGGGGAGGGGGGAACACGGCCUUAUCUGGGCUCAGUUAAUGCUGCCAAGUGUCCCCCAGACGGACUUGAUCAUCCUUUUCCUGUGUCCAGCCGGGCCAGCUUGUUUACCUCCAGGCCCCGCUGGCCCCAAGCCUGCCCCAGGGAGCGGGAGGGCGGGGCUGUUUUUAGAGGAAGGAGGCAGAGUCUCGACCUCGGUGAAUGAGGUGGGCUCCAAGGUACGUCUGACCUGUGCCCUGAACCACAGCGCCACAAUCAUUGAGGGCCACCGCUGGAUGCGGGGGGACAAGGUGCUCAAGGAGGACACGCUGCCUGACCCGAGGACCGAGUUUGAGGUGGACUUGGAAGACGCCGGGGGCCAAUAUGCCUGCAUCUUCCUCCCCGAGCAGGCGGGCAGGGCCAGCAUCCCCGUGAAGGGCAUCCCGAAGAUCUUUGCCGUGAAGAAGUCGGAACACGCCAACGAGGGCGAGACCAUCAUGCUGAAGUGCAAGUCUGAAUCCUUCCCGCCCGUCACCGACUGGGUCUGGUUCAGGAAGGAGGACACUGACGAAAUAGUCAUCGUGAACAAUUCCCAGAGCAAGUUCAUUGUGAAAUCCUCGGACACGUGGUCGGAGCUGCAGAUCCACAACCUGGAGAUGGAAACCGACCCUGGCACGUACGUGUGCAACGGCACCAACUCCGUGGGUACCAGCCAUGCCACUGUGACCCUGCGCGUGCGCAGCCGCCUGGCCGCCCUCUGGCCCUUCCUGGGCAUCGUGGCUGAGGUCCUCGUGCUGGUCACCAUCAUCUUCAUCUAUGAGAAGCGGCGCAAGCCCGAGGAUGUCCUGGACGAUGACGACCCGGGCUCCGCACCACUGAAGAGCAGCGGGCACCCCUUGAAUGAUAACGACAAACAAAUCCGCCAGAGGAACGCCAACUGA